AUGCUCGGGUUUGACUUCCAGAAGCCAGAGGUGACCACCGUGAUCCGAUGGCUCCUGCGAGUAGUGCUCGUGCUUUUUCUGGCUUGGUUGGUACGGCAAAGAUCAGAGCAGGAAGCAGAAGAAGAGGAGGAGGAGAAUGAGUCGGAACUCUCAGAUUCGCGAGCACGAUCCAAUGGUCUCAGGUCUCGGGGCAACAGUCGUCCAGUCUCGCGGUUGCAGCCUAGACGCGAUCCGUACGCGACGGCACCCCGGCAAAGAAAAGGAGUUGCUUCCGGCACGGAUGCAGCUGACUUCGAUUCCAUCAUAGAGAAGGUCUCCAAGCCGAAAGAGAUGUGGCAGCCACGCAAAAGUGGCGAGCCGUUGGAGCUCAGACAGCGAUCGCAAGGCGAUGCCGAUCCGGGCGUGACGGAGCGACCGGCUGUGACUGUCAAUAAGCCAGGGCACGAUGCUCAAGGUCCCACAUUGCGCGGGCAUGAAAGGCCGGUGACUUUCAUCACAUUCAACCAUGAGAACAAUCUUCUAUUCUCCUGUGGCAAGGACAAGCUCGUUUGCGUGUGGAGCUUUCCGGAUGGAGAGCUUCUUGGCAGCUACCGGGGCCACAAUGGAGCCGUGUGGUCCUGCAGUGCUACGUUUGACUCCAGGACCGUGGCCACCACUGGGCUUCUGUGCGUACCGGAUGUCUCCAGCUGUCAGGGCCACGACCUUCUGCAGGCAUUGAGAGAUCAGCUGAAUGGUCCAGUCCUUGCAGCAGACGAGGCAAUGGUUCUGGCCUCCACCAUGGCCAGCGCAAAGGUGCAGGAUCCAAAGAUGUGGUGUGAUGUUUCGACGGCGCUUCGCCGCUGUGACGAGCUGCCGGUGCAGUGGCUCACGAAGCUACCUUGGAAAUUCGCCAGGGCGAGGUGCUUGCAGCCGGAGAUCUUGGAGAUCCUGUCUGCAGGGGUUCAGAGGAACCUUGGCCUUUUCGAUCCACGUGGCCUAGCUGACCUCGCAUGGUCCAUGGCGAAGCUGCAACAUCGUGACGAAGGACUGCUAGGGGCCCUGACGCAGACACUGAGCCCGCGGAUUGGUGAGCUGGCACCUCUAGAGCUCGCCAAGGCGACGUGGGCCUUUGCGAAGUUUUCCAAAGCCAAAGACGAAGGACUCUUCGAGAUUCUGGCGGAGGCUGUGAUCAAGUCCCUUCCCGAAUUUCAACCACGAGGGCUGGCCAACAUCAUCUGGGCCUUCGCAACAGCUGAGGUACGGAAUCCGAAGCUGCAACUCAACCGCCUAGCAGAGUUCUCGAGAACCGCUGUACCAGGAUUCACGCCACAAGGUUUGGCCAACACGGUCUGGGCCUUUGCCAAGCUUCGGCUUCGUGCUGACCAUGCGGUGUAUACAGUCAUGGCAGAGACCACGACGGAAAGCUUGGGAGAGUUUUCACCACAGAACAUCUCUAACUCGCUUUGGGCAUUUGCAAAGGCGCGAUGCUAUGAGCCAGAGUUGUUUUUGGAAGCAGCGAGCCAUGUUUCGGAGAGGCUAAGAGAGUUCAGUAUCCAGGCGGCUGUGAACUGUGUCUGGGCGAUGGCCGAGACAGGUCAUCACGAUCAUCCGCUCUUGCACGGUUUUUCUGAGUACGCCCUGGCCAGACUUGAACUUUUCAAGCCCCAAGACUUGUCGAACACUGUGUGGUCCUAUGCUCAGUUGCAGCACUGUGAUCACAGGCUGCUGUCAGCCGCAACAGAAGCGGUGCAGGGUCGGGUCAACAAUUUGACAGUCCAGCACCUGGUCUGCACCACCUGGGGAUAUGCAAUGAUGUUCGAGCACCGGCACACGAGGUUGAGAAGCAAAGCCUCAGCGGAUCAGCAAGAGUGUCGGUCUGUGCGAGCCCUCGCUGACGUGCAGUGGCUUGUGACGUGCGGCGCAGACCGGCUGGUCAUCGUCUGGGAGGCUCAUACCUCGAGGGAGCUUGCCCGCGUGGAACUUCCUGGUGUUGUGCGAUGUGUAGAAUGGGCCGGAGCAGCUCCUGGUGUGAAUGCCUCGGACGUCAGUGAGCGCUUUGUGACUGCGCACAAUCGCUUUGGUGCCCAUCCCCCUGCAUUGACCGUUUGGCGCUUCGAUGGCAAAUCCAUCCAGGAGCUUCGUGUUAUCUCCAAGCUGCCUUCGGCAGCACUCCAGGUGAGAUGGGGCAGGGCCAACUACUUCAUUGCAAGCGCACACGACAGUGGCGAGCUGAUUUUUUGGCGAGCAGACACUGGCGCUGAAGUGAAGCGUCUGAAGGCCCACGACGCUGGCAUUUCGAAGUUUGACUUCAAUGAUGACCGCGAGCUUGUGGCUACCGUCUCGCACGACAUGAGUGUCUGCAUAUGGGACAUCGGAAAAGGAACCGAGUGGAGGAUGUUGUACAAGGCGCAGACGGAUCGGCCGCUCAAUGCCGUGGCCCUGGGCCCGCUGUCGCAGAAGCAAGCCCUCGGCGCUCCAGCUGAGCGUCCAGGGUGCAUUUGCGUGGUCGCCGCUGGUGGCCAGGAUGUCCGGGACGUUGCUCGGAGCAGCAGUGCCACCGAACAGUUCGGGACGCUACUCUUCCGCCUGGGCGCAGCUGAGAAGUUGCCAAGUGAUCUGAAGGCGGAUGGUGUCACCAACAAAGGUCACUUUGGUCCUGUCCACACCUUGGCCUUUGCCGGCGACGGCUCGGCCAUCGCCUCGGGCUCCGAGGAUGGCUUUGUGCGAGUACACAUUUUUGACAAGGAGGAGUGGCAGUCUGAGAGGCGCCAUCGUAGUGUUGUCUGCAAACAAUUUUACAUAACUUUGUGGCAAUCUUUUCGUUGUGCCUGGCGCCCUUGCCGAAGUAUGUGUAGUAGGUGCUCGCGUACUCCUUAUCCCAGGAGAUAA